AUGUAGCUUCAAUAAAACAAAUUAAUUUCAACCGGAAAAUCCAUGAUUAAUUCAACAUUCAAGACAAACUUUGUAUAAUUUUUUUUCUUUGUAUUGUUUUCUUUAGAUUAAACUGAAUAAUCAACAGUGUAUGAAAAUCUUUUUGGAACAACCGCAAUAAAUGGUAUAUUAUUGAAUAUAUAAUAGAUUGGCAAUUCACAGUUUAUAAUUAAUAUUGUAAUAUUGGACUAGAAACGUGUGACACUUCAACUAUUCUUUCAAUCAAUUAAUGCUAGAAUUUGAUGUAUGACGUGUUUUUAUAUAAAACAUUUUAACUAUAAGCUCAUUAUGAAUUAAGUAUUUCUUUUAAGUUUUGGAGGUAACUAAAGAUCUUUUAAUUUAUAGAAUAGAUAAUUGGCAGAAUAAGAAAUUCUUGCUCUAUAUAGAUCUACAAUUGGUUUAUUCAGAAGAGUAUUCAACAUCAUAAGGAAUUUAAAAUAUUUGCUAAGAUUCAAAUUAUAAUGAUGAAAUUUAUUAGAUUUAAAAAACUAUUGAUCAUUUUUAUUCCAGUGCUACAAUAAUCAUGAUAGCAGAAUAAGGAUAUUGGGGUAUUUCUGAAAUUGUAAUAUCUAUUGCAGAUUGCCCUUAAGGAUGUGAAUCUUGUAAUUAAAAUGGAUGUAUAAAUGAAAAUUUGUUCUUAUCAAUGUUGAAUUACAUAUUAAUAAAUUCGAUUAGUGAUUCUGAGGGAUGGAUCACAGAUGGAAUCCUUCAAACUUACUUAGGAUAUUGUUUGGGUAAUUCUUAUAUAUAUUAUAAGAUUUUAAUUAUCUAAGAAGUUAAGGGGAUCAUUUAAUUAAAGAGUUCUAAUUAGAAUCCCAUUCAGCAAUCAGUUUUUAGUUUAAAGUUAUAAUUUUGAAUUCUAAUCCCACAUUAAUAUAAAUUGAAAUAGAUGAUGUAAUUGUAGAAACAAUCUAAUAUUCCUAAAGUUGGGUAGAAUAUUCUGGUGUUUUGUGCUCCUAUAUUACUUUAAGAUAUGUAAAGAUACAAUCAUAUCAACAUAAUAAUAUAAAUCUUAAAUUAGCUGUAAAAGGGUCUUUGAAUUUAUUUAAUAUAAAUUAUUCAGGUCCAGGUAUUCGUAUUAGGGAUUUUAAACUAUUUUUAUAAUCUAAUCAAAAUAAUGUGAUUGAAAGUGCAAUAUAUUUUUAUGAAUAUUCAGAUUCUCCAAUAAAUUUAGAAGGUUGCAGUGAGCUUAUAAAUAGUGUAUGUUGGAAUUGUUUUGAAGGUUGGUAAUUUAAUUAAUUGGAAUAAAGUUGUAUACCAAUAUGUGGAGAUCGUAUUAUAACUUAAUUUGAAGAAUGUGAUGACGGGAAUAAUUUUCCUUAUGAUGGUUGUCAUUUAUGUAAAUUUUCAUGUCCUUUAUUUUGUAAUUAAUGCUUAUUUGGAAAAUGCUUUAAUUGUUAAAUUCCAUUUUUUUUAUCAGAAAAGACUUGUUAAUUGGAUUAUUUAGGAUUGGAUAUCUUUAAAAUUUUAUAAUAUUAAGAACCUUAUUUAUAAAAUUAAGUAACUUUUUUUCCAAAAGAUGACAUAAAUGUUUAGAAUCAAUACCAAAUUGAUUAUAGAUAAUAAUUAAAUGAAAUUCAAAAUUUGAAUAAAAAUAUAUCCUAAUCUUAGAAUUUAGAUUAAAAUGAAUAUCAUUUUACUAAAAUAGAUAAUUGUAGGAAUUUUUAAUUUGGAACUUGCUUGCAAUGUCAUGAAUCAUAUGAAUUUAAUUUGAAUAAAAAAUAAUGUUUACCUAAAUGUAGUGAUGGCAUAAUUAUAUAGUAUGAAGAAUGUGAUGAUUAAAAUAACAUUCAGUUUGAUAGGUGUUACAAAUGUUAAAUGAGUUGUUAAAUAUAAUGUAUUACUUGUAAGAAUAGUAUAUGUUUAUAAUGUUUAGAUGGAUGGUAACUAUUAGAGGAUACAUGUUAAUAAAUUUGUGGAGAUGGAUAAAUAGCCAUAUUAUCAAUAGAAUAAUGUGAUGAUGGCAACAAUUAAGCUUAUGAUGGAUGCUAUGAAUGUAAGUUUGAAUGUGAUUCUAAUUGCUUAUAUUGUGUGGAUAAUUAUUAUUGUUUACUUUGUAAAACACAUUUUGAACUAAAUAAUAAUUAUUACUGUUAACCUAUAUGUGGUGAUGGUAUUAUUAUAUAAGGAUUUGAAGAUUGUGAUAAUUCAAAUAAUGAUCAAAGUGAUAGUGAAUGUGAUAUAGGUUGUGAAUAAUGUGAAUUAGGAAGUUGCAAAUAAUGUAAUCUAGAAUAUUAACUAAUCAAUGGAAAAUGUAAUAACCAUCAAAUAAUUAAUAACAUAAAUUAAGAAUUAGAAAUUUACUAAUCAAUUGAUAAGUGUGGAGAUGGAAUUCUAGGUUUAAAUGAAGAAUGUGAUGAUUAAAAUAAUAAUGAUAAUGAUGGAUGCUCUAAACUAUGUCAAAUUGAAGCUAAUUGGAAUUGCUAUGUAUUCAUUUAUUAACCAAGUGAUUGCUUUCAAAAAACUUCUCUAUUUUUAUCUUAUUUAAAUUAAACAAAUCAAUAUUAAUAUGUUAAAAUAUCAUUUACAAAUAAUAUUGAUUUUAAUUAAAUUCCUGAUAAUUUUAACAGUUCAAUAAAAUUUAUUAUUCAAGAUGUCAAAAAAGAAGAUUAUGCAAUAAACUUUUUGAAUGUAAUUGAUACUAAUUAAAAAAUUAAUCAAAGUAAUUAUGAAUUAGAAAUUGAAAUGAAAAAAUCUUUUUAGAGUUCAUUAACAUUAAUUGUAUGGAUUGAAUCUAUUUUAUUUGAUGAAAACUUAUUUAUUGUUGAUACUGGUAAGAAAAGUCUAAAAUUAAAACCAAUUAAAAUAUUAAGUCAAACUCAAAUAUCUAUUUCUAAUACUUUCAAAGAACUUGGGUUUGGAAUGCUCCUUGGCUUAGGUUGUAGCAGUAUUUUGUUAUUUAUAUUUGGUAGUAUUCAAGAAUCAACAGAUAUAUUAAAUAUCUUAGUAUUUUAAUCCAAUUUAAGAUUUAUAAAUGCAGACUUUCCAUAAAACUUAGAAAUUUACUUUUAAUCUUCAGAUUUUGUAUCUCUUUAAUUUAUAUUGUAAAAGUUUUAAUUAAUAGAUAUCUUCGAUUAUUUUAUUGGUAAGGAGGAAAUAUAUUGCAUAGGCAAAUUUUUAAAAUAUAAUGUUAAUGCAGAAUUAAUAACAAAUUUAUAUGGACUAAUUAUUCAAAUUAUUCUAUUAUUUGGAGUGUUGA